UACUCGGGUUAACUUGUAGCAGCUUAGUAGCUGACGACGAGCUUGUUUUUAGAUGAAUUUUGUUUUGUUGCUCCUGUUGCCUUCGAUCCGAUUUUGUCCCCUCAAGGCUCCAGUCACGGUGACGUGAUGCCGAUUCUGAGAGGAGCUCAAGGCCUCCUAAAAUUUUCAGAUUCGAAAUCCUCUCUUCAAUCCUACAACCAUGACUACGACGGUCGGAUUCUUGUCGCUUCCUACAGAGCUCAUAUGUCACAUUCUAAUCCUCCUUAACCCCAGGGACAUUAGUCGCUGUGCAAUGACUUGCAAUAUCUUUUGGCUUGCGGUCCGGAAUUCUGUCUAUAUUCAAUACAAGCUUGAAAUUUAUGCUCAAGGCUUGAUUAGUACUGGGACCGCUGCCAUGGAUUCGACCGGCGUUUCCAGCAAGACUCUGUGUUCACUCAAGAAAUUGGCAUCUUUGUGGCGAUCUGACUUCCAUGCGACCACUACCUUUGAAACAGUGGUCACUGCUGCUAGUUGUGGCACGAAUCUUACACUCUCCCGGACGUGGUCUAUCGGUGUCGAGGACUUUUUUACUACCUUCAACCCUCUGCAGGAUCUUAUGGUUGUGUGUUCUGAGCCUGAUCAUUGUGUCACUGUGACCGAUGCGGAACAAGAUUACCAUGUCUGUUGGGUGGAAUUCCGACUGGCUUCAUCCCAGCGUCCACAUCCGAGUGCUGAGUGCACUUCCUUGGAGUGCAAGCAUACAUUUGAUGCACCUGGCGAUUACCGUGCUGCUUUGUCGCCACUUGCAAUCUGUGGUGAUCACGUAUUUAUCCUCUAUUACAUAGAGGUCGCGAAUUGCUGCCAUUCUGAGCGUGUGCCCGGCAUGUUCAUACAAGUGAUCAAUUGGAGGAAGGGAUAUGUGAAUAGCCAUUCUUUAUGUCAUCUGGAUAUCUGCAAGUUAGAUCUGUUCUAUCCAGUUGAUGAACAGAAGUUUGUUAUCAUUGGCCCAGACUCGAUAUACUUGUACACGUUACAAGGGCUCAAUGGGUCGCCUCAGUGCCGAAUCAUAUAUCACCUUCCCAAGAUCCUCCGAGUCCAUCUAUCAUUGUACAACUCGCAGGUCAAGGUUCAUGGCCACCCGUCACUGCAUGGCAAAGCAGCACGCCCAGAACCCAUGCCGAGCUAUGUACCCUCCCUGGAGUCACAGAUUAUGGUUUUAGAGUCUGCUUCCAAAGCGGGGAAAGCUAUCCUAGUCAUCGAUAUGGCCAUCUUCUCCGACAUGGCCCUGCGCUCAGAUAUGCUCGUCGAUAUUCCCUGGUCAGAUUGGGGACCUCAGUAUGCGUGCUACUUUCCGCACCACAAAAGCUACCAUAUCAGUGUGUUUGGCAGCAAAAUGGCAUAUGCUCUUCCCAAAGAUCAUAUUCCUAAUCCUGGUCAAAGACUGCAACCGCUCUCCAAUAAGGGUUACUUCUAUGUGCACAUCUGGGACUUCAAUAAACGAGUCAUUGCUCGUUCGGAAAGUGUCAACGAUCCUGACUCAUCGGAUCUUCGCAUUUGCAAGCCGGGUCAGAUGAUUGACUCCUUUGGUAAAGACAUGUUCUCGAAUCGUGCAUACAUCGCAACGGUCUGUCGUACGCCAUUUCCGACAGCUGGCUCCAGGAUAUUCUUGGAACAGGAUCGGCUUACUGUGACAUGGACUCGGCAUCGUGAUAUUAGUAUCCAGGUCAUUUCCCCCAUCCAGACAGACGUUGGCCUGGACAUUACAGAAUAGAUAGUUUGGAGUAAAACGGCUGGGACUCAGCGACACCGAUGUAGUUUUAUUAUGAGCAAUAUGCGUUGUGUUGGCAAGCAAAAUAGUAAAUUUGUUUUCGC